GUGACCUUCGAGGACGUGGCCAUUUAUUUCUCCCGGGAGGAAUGGGAAGAAUUAAGUGAAGGGCAACGGGAGCUGUACCAAGCUGUGAUGAUGGAGAAUUACGAGGCAGUUCUUUCCUUGGGUAAGAACGACUUCAUUGCUCAGGUGCUGGAGGGAAGAGGAUGGCGGUCCAGCCUGUGCUUGAAUACCUCCCGGGACCAGGAGCUCAUCACCUUUGGGAUAGGCCUCCUGUCCGUCACGCCGCAGAUUAUCAACCAGAUCGAACGCAAGGAGGCCGUUGUUACGGGAGAAUUGUGGCAGCCGUGUGAAUGGACAGAUCCACAAGCAGAAGAUGGUAUCGCGAUGGUGGACGUAGGUGAGGGCAGAGUGGAGACUGGGUCCCCUGUGAUGCCCCCGGGGAAGAGGAAGAAAGGCCGCCCCCGGACCGCCAACCCGGUACCCAAACCCGAAAACAAAGGUCCUCCACGGGUGACGCUGAAGAUGAACCCGCCAAAGUGCCCCGAAUGCGGUAAAAGCUUCCUCAGCAAUGUGGCCAUGACCAUCCACAUCCGGACGCACACCGGAGAACGCCCGUUCAAGUGCCACCUCUGCCCCAAGGCCUUCCCCUCCCGGGGGGACCUCAAGCGGCACAUCAAGAUCCACCUGCGCAGGAAGCCGCCCCCGCCGGUCAUGGCCCGCAGCAGCUCCUCGAAAAAGAGCUUGGCGGCCAAGAUGCAGCUGCAGUGUCACCUGCGUUGCCCGCCCGAUCCGAAGAAACCCUACAGCUGCGCGGAGUGCAGGAAGAGCUUCAACAAGAAGCAGAGCCUGCGCAAACACCAGGGGACGCACUCGACGGAGAGGCCUUUCGCCUGCCUGGAGUGCGGGAGCAGCUUCCGGCUCAAGCAGAUCCUGGUGGCGCACAUGGCCUCGCACAUCAAGGAGCGCCCCUUCCCCUGCAAACAGUGCGGGAAGUGCUUCGCCCAGGAACGCAAUGUGCGCAGCCACCAGAGGGUGCACACCGGCGAGAAACCCUUCCUGUGCAUGGCGUGCGGGAAGCGCUUUGGCUACAAGCAGCAUCUGGUCAAGCACCUACGCUUCCACACUGGCGAGCGGCCGUACCGAUGCCCUGAGUGCGGGAAGACCUUCCGGGAUAAGGCCACGCUGAACAUCCACUACCGCAUGCACACCGGCGAGCGGCCAUACCGCUGCCCUUUCUGCAGCAAGACUUGUCGGCAGAAGCAGCAUCUCAACAGUCACCUGAAGGUCCACCGCGGGGAGACCCUGCCCCUGGGGGACACCACCGGGCUCAUCCUGCAAAGGGUGCGUGCCAAGGAGAAGCCAUACGAGUGUCCGCAGUGCCAGAAGCGCUUCCGGAACAAGAAAAUCAUGUUGGUGCACCAGAAGAUGCACAAAGACGAAGCACCGCGAAGUGCCCCACUGCAGAGCAAGAGGGGUCUACUUGUGGCAGAUAGAAAGGCCCCCAGGGCAGGCCAAGGGGCAGGGAGGAAGAGGAAGGAUGCGGGGCUCACUUCAGGGAUGCCGUCCGCCCAGCCGGAGACGGCUCCCAUCGCCUGCGCCGACUGCGGGAGGCGAUUCACGCAGAGGAAGUACCUGACGCUGCAUCAGAGGAGCCACAGGUGA